AUGCCGUCUGCCAUCGACGAGACCUCCUCCCCGACCGUUGUCGAUGUUGCCAUCUGCGGCGGCGGACCUACUGGUCUGGCAACUGCCCUGCUCAUGAAGAGACUUGGAGUCUCAGUCUGUGUCAUCGACGCCAAGCCCGCAAGCCUUGAGCUUGGCCGUGCCGACGCCCUCAACGCACGCACCCAGCAAUAUCUCGAGGUCGCAGGCCUCCUCGACGAGCUGCUGCCCCAAGGCAUCACCUGCAACACCAGCUCUACCUUUGGCGACGGCGAGUUCAAGUCGCGCCAAAACGACUGGUGGGUGAACCUCGAGCACUGCCUCCACCGCAACUUCCUCAUGCUCGGCCAGCCCGUCGUCGAGCGCAUGCUGUCCGAGAAGCUCGGCCCCGAGAGCGUCUUCUACGGCGAGCAGGUCGCCUCCAUCCACGAGGACGCCGACGGCGUCGACGUCGUCACCAGCCGCGGGCGCCGCGUCCGCUCCAAGUACGCCCUCGGCGCCGACGGCGCCCGCUCCAUGGUCCGCAAGGCCAUCGGCGCCUCCUUCACCGGCACCAAGCCCGAGAUGCUCUGGGCCGUCCUCGACACCUUCAUCGACACCGACUUCCCCCGCUGCUCGGAGAUCAUUACCUUUCAGCUCAACGGGCAGUCGCGCGUCUCGUGGAUCCCGCGCGAGCGCGGGCUCUGCCGCUUCUACGUGCUCCUCGACGGCGAGGUGUCGCUGGAGCUCGCGCAGCAGUCCAUCAAGGACCACAUGGCCCCGCACAAGGUCGACUUCACCAAGACGGAGUGGUACAGCACGUUUGACGUCAAGGAGCGCAUCGCCUCGACCUUCAUCUCCAAGGACGGCGAGGGGCGCAUCUUCCUGGCGGGCGACGCGGCGCACGUGCACUCGGUCAACGGCGGGCAGGGCCUCAACACGGGCAUCGCCGACGCGUUCAACCUGGCCUGGCGGCUGGCCGCGGUGGUCACGGGCGGCGUGGAGGGCGGGGAGGCGGCGCGGAGGGUGCUGAGGAGCUAUGACACGGAGCGGAGGAGCACGGCGCAGGGCGUGAUUGACGUGGCGGCGAAGCUGGUGCGCGAUACGGUGCGCGAGGCCAAGACGUACGUGGGCACGAUCGAGCGCAACGCCGGCUACAUCACGGGCAUGGGCGUCUCGUACGAGGCGUGCGGGUCGCCGCUGGUCGAGGCCUCGCAGCACGGCAUCUGGAGGGCGGGCUUCAGAUGCCCGGACAUGGUCAUCAAGCCGCUCGCCGGCGGCGAGGAGAGGCGGCUGUACAAGCAAAACGACUACGGAAAGUACCUGCUGCUGUCCGUGGGCAAGCCGGCGGCGAGCAAGGACUCUAGCCUCCCGGUUACGAGAUACUCCGUCCUUCCGCCGCAGGGAGCGGCGGCAGAUGCCAGUCUGGAUAAUGCGUUCACGGGCGACUGGGUUACCGCGGAGGACGCGUUCCACGUCGUGGUGCGGCCGGACAUGUACAUCGCCUUUGUCAGCGAGAGCCUGGAGGCGUGCGAGGCGCACCUCAACAAGGUGUUCCACGCCUAA